AUGGACGACGACAGGAGACCACCCUCCCCGGAGCCUAGUGAGCAGUCAGUUCCCCAGGAUACUCCACGGUCUGUAGCAGGUCAGGCAGACCUUGCCGGAGUAUAUCAGCUUAUGGCACAACUGCUACAACAGCAGCAGAUGAUGCAGAUGGCUGCUAUGCCAUCGGCAGACUCCUGCUACGAGAGGAUCCGCCGAUUGAACCCCCCAACCUUUGAGGGUGGGCUUGACCCCAUGGCGGCAGAAGCGUGGAUCCGGGAGAUAGAGAAGAUGUUUCGAGCUCUCCAUUUCCCCGAUGAGGUGAUGGUCCGGCUGGCGAUCUCUAUGCUGAAAGGGAACGCCGAGUACUGGUGGACGGCCAUGGAGACAGCCUAUGGCUAUGCCGUCGAUAGACUCACCUGGAGAGACUUCAAGAGGUUGUUUAGCACCCAGUAUUUUUCGGACUCAGUCAACCAGGCAAAGCAGAAUGAAUUCUUGGCACUAACCCAGACCGACCAGAUGUCCGUUCUGGGGUACACCAAUAAAUUCAACGAGCUGGGAUGA